AUGUCAUCUAAACGUAAGUCGCCACCGUCCAAAUUGCAAGAAGGUGCUGCGGACGCCGAGAAACAAGAGGCAGGCCCUGCCAAUCUGGAAUUUCCUGACAACGAAUCAGACAUCGAUCAACAAACCUAUUACAAAUUCUCUCCAAGUUGUUCAACAAGGAGCUCUAUUAGUGAAGAAGACGCAACAAAUUACGAAGACGAAAGACCCAGUAAAAAGCAAAGAUUCGAAUCUCUAGACAUGACAAAUAACCUUCUAGUCCCAUCAUCAUUUCUUAGUUUACACCAAGACCUGCAAAGCAGAAGGCGAGACUCGUCAGAAUGCAGUAGUCCAGGCGCUGAAGCUAAAGUUUUGGGACUUUGUAAUAAUAAUAAUUCACUGCUGAAUCACAACAGUGCGUUAUCGCUUGCCCCGCCUCAUAAGCGGUCUAUGGAUGAUGUGCUGAAACGAUUGACAUCAAAAAUGAAUAAUAGUACGAUUAAAGAAGAGGAUAGGAAGAGGCCCACGCCGUCAACUACGCCAGUGAAACAGAAUAAUGACAGACGAGGAGUCUUAGACGCGGCGGCUCUGCAAGCUUUGGCCGGGGAAAGUGUGUUGGAGAAGGAACGUCAGCUAUCAGAGAUGAUCUUGCAACUUCAAAUGGUGAGAGAGCAGCUGCUGGCUCAGCAGGAGCAUGCGAAGAACAUUGGCAACGUAACGGCAGAAUUGGAGCUGCAAAGACUGCAACAGGAGCAACUACGACGGCAGGAGCUGGUGCGGCGAGGACAGCAUGGGUUGUACCCUGGCCCUCCGCUGGCACUGCUACCCUUGCUUGAGCAGAUGCGGCCACAACCACCGCAGACGCCGCAGAAUGUGUCCUCUCCUUGGCCGGCGACUGCGCAACUCGCCCAGCUGACAGCAAGCGCACGCAGCCCCCCACCCCCCGACCCAGAUACUCCCCUCAACCUGAGCAAGCAACGAUCUCCUUCUCCCGCGCAAUCUUCGCUUAUGCUGCCACGAUUUGUCCCCUACCCUUCCAUUGAGGAAAGUGGGAAUUACAGCAUGCCUAAAGAAGAUGACUUUAGUGCUGCUUGUAACACCUCAUCAUGGAGCCAGUCACCACAAGAAGACUCGGACAAGAUGAAGAUGGUCCGUCAGACAAAACGCGAUGAAGCCGGAAAGCCGCACAUCAAGAGACCAAUGAACGCAUUCAUGGUUUGGGCCAAAGAUGAGCGCCGUAAGAUUCUCAAAGCAUGCCCUGAUAUGCAUAAUUCGAAUAUAUCGAAGAUUCUCGGGGCUAGAUGGAAAUCCAUGUCAAAUGCUGAAAAACAACCGUAUUAUGAAGAGCAGUCACGUCUCUCUAAAUUGCACAUGGAGAAACAUCCUGAUUACAGGUACCGGCCAAGACCGAAACGGACGUGCAUAGUAGACGGUAAGAAGAUGCGGAUAUCGGAAUACAAAAACCUGAUGCGUUCGCGCCGACAAGAGAUGAGGCAGUUAUGGUGCCGAGAUGGAAGCAGUGAGCUCGGAUUUCUCCCUUCUCUAUCAUCCCCUGGACCCUCGAACUCUUCGCCACCCCCUAAUGGUGGAAAUUACGGCAACCCCGCUUUCUCUCCUCCACUGUCGCCUCGAGAGACCGAUUGAGGGUCGGCGCGCGGCUGGCCCUACCCGCACGCCGCGCCCCUCUCUAUUCCCCCUUCCCACCACCCUUGGUAAAGUUCUAGAAGCAACUAGAACCUUUUGAAUUCUCAAAGACUUAGAUUAAGUAUUGGAGGUUGAAAAGUUAAGUUUUCCUUUGCUUAUUCUGAUAAACAUUUUUUUUUGUUUAUUUGUACUAGUGCGUACAUUAUAUACGUUAUGAGGUGCAAUGUUAAAUGAACAAUAAUUCGUACAAGUAUUGCUUCAUCGGCUGUACGAUUUGUAACAAUUAUUACGAAAACCAGUGUCGUAAUCGGAUCUCUAAAUACUGAAUUGUUAUGAGAACGAGAUUAUUCCAUUAGUGAUUUAAGAAAUCCUAGAAAUGGACUCUAAUAAGAACUUUUAAAUCUUAUCCAAUUUGUGAUUGGAUUCCAAUGUCUCAACAUUGUAGUUGAACGGGACUUAGAAAUCUAUAGGGCAAUUUUAUCUUCUUCAAUACACAAGAAAGCUUGCCCAGAAUGGGCUUUACUACACUGUUUUUCUGAAAGACAAAAUGUACUAAGUAAAUAUGUAAUCACAGAAAUCUGAGCCUAUUUAUUUAGAUUUCUGUGAAUAUAAUAAAAUUUAUCAAAUUUGCCAGAAGAUGAUAUUAUCCCAUAGACGCCUUUUUACCCCAAAAUCCCUAUCUAAUAAAUGUUUUAAAGUAGUUUUGGCACAUUAUCUUCUUCGAAUAAGCAAAAAACAAUAGUGCCAAAAGUGUAUUAAACCAAGUAGAAAAUUAGAAAAGUGUAUAUAAAAUAGGCUAUUACGUCAUAAUAUUAUUAUUUAAAACUGGAUUUUACUAGUUGUAUCUGGUAUUUUUUAAUGUAAAUAAGUACAAUUCCCUUUUUGUAGAUAAAUAGGUAAUAUGAACAAGUGUAGUCUGGGCUAAUGUCUUAUGUAUAAGGUUUGGAGAUUAGAGUUAAAAUUAAGGCACUUUAAAUAUUUAAAACUUGUGUGGCCAUGUGUAAAUGUUAGUACGAAGUUUAAGGGUCAAACCACAUUAUGGAUCACACAUCAGCACCUCGAUUCUAAAUAAUAAUCAUGGUCGCAUUGAAGUCUUUGCUGAUGGAUGCUGGUAACUGUGUUUUGACCUUUAGUGUAUUUUGUAGAUGCUCCUUUAAUUGUAAGCUACUAAAAAUGUAUCAAACCAAAAAUUUGAAGCGAAAUGCUUGAAAAUUUAAGUGUUUUGAACACGUGAACUGUUUUGUUAAAAUCCAGUGAUAUCUAUAUACCUAAUGCAUAAUUAUUGUAAUAAAUAAAUACUCAUAGACUAUAGUAGAGAUUUGUAAUAGAAAUAAUUUUGUCUAUUAGCUGGUUCACUUAUUAAGCCAGUCUUUUUAAAAAUAUACCUACUCUGUGUAAAGAAAUAAUCAGUGACAUUAAAUUUGUAACAAACGCAUAAUAAGAAAUGUCGAUUCUAUUGUCUAAAACUAAAUAUAAAUUGACAUUGGUUGGUUGAUUUCGUUAGGAAUAUACUCUUUGUUUGCCAGCGUAUUUUCAGAAUGUCUGAUAACAAAAUGUCGGACGAUUAUCGAUAAAUAAAAAGCAGUUUAUUCAGUGGGCAUCACUGAAAAAAAAACAAGGUGUUGUUUAUGGUGAUAUUGUAACAUAUUUCCAUAAUGCCUAUCAAGCAACAAUUUCAAGCAGUGACUGUAAUUCGUUGUAAUUGAUUCAAUUAAAUAAUGAAUUUAAUCAUGUUGUAAUUUAUUCCAAAAUAGUUUCAAGAAGAAUCGACAUUAACAUAUACCAGUAAUGUAAAUCA